UUUCAACGCUAAAAGCACAAAUUUGCCCCAUGUAUUUACCCCAUCUUCACAAGGUUCCGCUCAAGAAAUCUUCCAUUCAACUGGUUGGGUCAGUCAACCAUGCAGUUGGGCCGCGAGUAGCACUGCACAGUAAAAUUGUCGCUUUCGAGGCAUGGACGAAGUUGACUUUCCGCUCUUUGUAAAGCGCAGUUGUCCAACCAACAAAUAGGCAACAUUCAGCACCGGCACUCAAGUCAACAGUUAGCACCAACAAAAGGAUAACAAUGCAACGGCAGCGAAACCUCAAGAUGUCCAAUAGCUCCGCUCGGGACCUGACCGAGUUGUUUGAUUCCACUCGCAACGAUGAGGCCAGCGUAUCCGUUCAAAGCGACAAUGAAUGUCCAUGCCGAAAGCAGCUAGAGGCUAUCACCCCAGAAUCUACCCAAGCUGGUGACUUGGGCGACCGAAUACUACUUGCUCAAAGCCACAGAAGAAGCAAUGAUGACAUCUUUGGAAAAAGGAUGUACAUUGUACUUGCAUUCAUCCUUGUGCCUGCUGCUAUCCUUCAUGCUUUGGUUGGCCUUGCUCUGAAAGUUGUCAUGCCUCGUGACAGCAACAACCAAAAGCUAUUCAACAACUUCCUGCAGGAAAACACGUAUGUGGAUAUAGUCAAGACGACCGUACCAGAUGUCACAGCCUGGUAUAGAAGCAUGGACGGAGAUAAGACCUUGCUACCAGCCAACAGGAGGAUGUCAGUUUCUCCCAGUGGGGCAGCAUGUGUCGAUCGCUUCUUCCAGCAGAUCGAAGUUGUUGUGAAUGAAACAUCCCCUGCUCAUGUUGAGCUUGCAAUGAAGUCUCUAGGCCUGUCCAACAGCCUUCUCACUCAAGUUGCCCUACAAGAUCUCUUGGAGAAGCCACAACCUCUUGCUCCUUGGAUUGAAGAAACCACCAGUUGCUUUGCCAAGAUCUCAGUUCUGGGUCACCUCUGUGAUGCGUUUGAAUCCAGCAUUGGUUCAAAGCCAAACUUUGAUGAACCCCAUCAAAGACAUAUUCUGAUCUACUUUGCCAAUAUCUUUGCAGUCUACCAGACCCUAACAUCCAAGGCCAUGACAGACAUAUCUUUAUUGUCUGAAAUGUCAAACACAAUGAUUGACUUGAUAGAGUCCCGUGAACAAGGCUAUGAAUCCACAUACACAGAUCCCUCUGUGCAGGAGUUUGCUAAUUUCAAGUAUCAGGGUAUCACACAGUCCCUGCAAGUCCUUAAACAUGCAAUAGGAGAAAACAAGGUCUCCCAAAUGACGGCUCACAGUCUUCAGAUCAAUAUCUUGGAAGCAGUCAAAGUGGAUGCUUCAUUGGGCUAUCGGGACAAUGCAAGAGUUGGUUUGGCACUGGCGUCAGCAGUUUCUGUUGGUCCUGUUGUUACAGACCAUGUGGUCCACUGGAAGCUGGGACAUGAAUGGGUUGAGGCCUACCUAUCAUGGAACAUGGCUUUUAUUAGUGGCUCACUUCCUCUCAACCUUAUUAUCAAGUUGAUGAUUCCUGCUGUUUCCUGUACAGCAAUGGAAACUCCAGAUGGAGAUGGUUUCAUUGCACCGCGAACACUGUCCCUCGCCCUUGCUUUGAUGCAUGAGUUCCCUUCCAUGUCUGAGCUUAAGGACCUGGUGGACAAGAACAGCAGCAGUGCUGACGAAGGGCUUGAUGUUGCCACUAUUGAAAGCUUGCAUACAUUCUACCAUUCUGCUCAGAGUAUAUCCAAGGAUCGCUUUGAUAUGGCACAUGUCAUGGGUAAAAGUAAUCUUCAACACUCCAUCCUCCCUUCCCCUUCCAAAGACACUGUUGAAAGAAUGCUACAUGAACUUUGUGGGACAUCCUGCUAUGAUGGAUCUUAUACCAUGUCUUGGACAAGCAUUGAAUCCCACUUGAACGAUGAGGACUUCAAGACUUACAUUGGGGUUAUCCUCUAUAUGACAGCCAUGUUGACUGGUCUCGGACUGGAACUCUUUGGAUGGGACAUUCUAACCAGGGACAUGGGAUGGUCAACAAAACAUGAGACUCGGUGGUGGCUGGCUCAGUUUCUCUUCCCACUGUUCGCUGCUACAAGCCUUGGUUUAUCCAUUAGUAGGAACUUUAUGACACUGCCAUUCCUUGCCAUUGGUUUGUGGAAGUUUGGUAUACCAGAGACUGUCUCCUACAUGUAUGGGGCUCUUUACCAAGAUGUGAAGGACCCUGAUCAAGCCUGGUUCAAGCUUUCAUGGGGGCAGCUGCCCAAGCUUAUCAAUUCGGUGGGAAACAUCAUGCAUCAUUCAGCAUCCAUUCUUACGAUUGUGAUGUUUCUGUCUGGGGCAGUCCUAGCAGACAGGCACAUGGUUGCUUCCAUUGUGGUUCUUAUCAUGCAACACUGGUUUACACUACUCAAGUACAAGCAUCUGUAUCUUUUCUGUGUCAUUGAGAUUAUUUUGGAGGUGUACUUUGAGUGGGUGAUCUUCUCAGAGCUGCAUUAUGUCCACUCCCGGCAUCCGUCAUUGGGCUAUUCAUCAUCAGCAAUGCUGGUGGCUCAUUGGAUGUACUUUUUUGCUGGGAUGUUGGAGCUCGCCAAGUCUCUGGAACCGAAACCGCCAAGCGCUGACAAUGAAACCUCGACAAGCUCUUCUAAAGAAAUGGAUAGCGUCAUGAUGCGUUUGGUCCAGUCGCGCCACGCGGACUUUGAUUCCAGCGCGGUCGAAGUCUGAGAGCCGUGGUAACUGAAGCGUUUGAUGUUGACAUGGCAAAGCUGUGACUUGCGAGUCAGGCUCUCGACAAGGUCAACGGGAGUCCUCACCGGAGUGAUCUUCACUCUUCUGCUGCCCAAGUAAUCGCAAUCGCAAUCGUACUUUCGACCUAGUAGAUUCGAAGACUGACUCGAUGUUCAGUCUCCUUCCUCUCACCAAAGGUGUUGCUUCCUUUGCGAGGAUUCGAUUCCGUACUGCACCGUACUGUAGCUGCGGUCUUCGGUGCGUUCCUGUGUCUGUUGCACGAAACACAGCACGGGAGCAGAUUCGGGAGACUUCGGUUGUCUUCGAAUGGAAACUCUUAGAGUUUCGGUUUUUACGGGAUUUAAACUCAUGAAUGACCGAAACGUACACAUUUAACGUACUCUUACUUCUGUUUAAUAGUCAAACGUGCACCAUGUCCUUAU